AUGGCUGCUUGUUUGGUCACUCAUCCAUUAGAUUUGGCAAAGGUUCGCUUGCAGACAGCAUCAGUUCCUGGUCAAUCAUUGGUGUCUAUGGUGUAUCAAAUCAUUAGAAAUGAAGGACUUUUCAAAAUCUAUUCCGGUUUGACAGCUUCUCUCUUAAGACAAGCAACAUACUCUACUGUCAGAUUUGGAGUAUACGAGUUUAUGAAGGAAUAUUAUCAAGAAAAGUAUGAAAAGAUGCCCACGACUGCGGUUUUGUUACCUAUGUCCAUGUUGUCUGGUGCUUUAGGAGGAUUAGUUGGAAACCCAUCAGAUGUUGUAAACAUUAGAAUGCAGAAUGAUUCUACAUUACCUAUGGAUCAGAGAAGAAACUAUAGGAAUGCGUUCGAUGGAAUUUACCGUAUUUCUAAAAGUGAAGGAAUUUCGUCACUAUUCAGAGGAUUGACUCCCAAUCUAGUCAGAGGUGUUCUAAUGACGGCCUCUCAAGUUGUCACGUACGAUAUCGCCAAGCUGUUAUUAGUCGACACUUUGAGAAUGGAUCCUCACAAGAAGGCCACACAUUUUAGUGCUUCAUUAUUGGCAGGUCUUGUCGCUACAACAGUAUGUUCACCUGCUGAUGUUGUUAAGACCAGAAUUAUGAACGCCAAGGGAACUAGUGGAGGAGCAGUAACCAUAUUGUCGCAGGCAGUGAAGACUGAAGGAGUUGGGUUUAUGUUUAGAGGUUGGUUGCCAUCAUUUAUCAGAUUGGGUCCUCACACAAUCGUCACAUUCUUGGUCUUGGAGCAAUUGAGAAAAUAUGAAAUUGGAAUGUUCUAA